AUGUCUCACGAAUCUGUCUGGUACUCGCGUCCUCGCACCUACGGCAAGGGCAGCAGAGAAUGCCGCGUCUGCACCCACAAGGCUGGUCUCAUCCGCAAGUACGGCCUGAACAUCUGCCGUCAGUGCUUCCGUGAGAAGUCCACCGACAUUGGUUUCAUCAAGCACCGCUAA